ACAACAAAGACCAUUACAACAAAAACAACAACAACAUGAAUUCGUUUCAUUAAAAGAAAUACAACAAACGGUUGAUACUUGGUGUAGAUUUGGUGACAAAAAUGCAGUCACGAAACGUAUUAUUCACAUUUUAGUACAGUGCUUACGUGCAAGAAGAAGUUGAUUUUUUAAUUUAUAUUAUCAACUUUUCGUUUUGUGUUUGUUUGUUUUUUCUUUUAAGUCAUCAUUAUUUACAUUUCGCCCGGGAUGGAGAUUUUUACGAUAUUGUAUGUGCUGACAUUAAAUUAUAUUGCAACCGAAGCCUACGAAAGAGUGGGACGUGCGGCCAACUGUCCAAAGUUUACGGACGGUGAUUUCCCGGGCUUAAAGGUAAUAAAAUAUCGACGGAAAGGCACCAGAGCACAGUUUAGAUGUCGAAAGAAAUUUCUAAUGUAUGGUCCAAGGUUUGCCACAUGCCAGUCGGACGGGACGUGGAGCAAUGAACCGCCACUUUGUACCAAGACAGGCUGCGUUCCCCUUGAUCCUAGUCAGGUUACAAAUCUUGAUAUGGAAGUUGUAAAAGGUGCUGUCGUAAAAUUUUCCUGCCUUAAUAAUUACUUACUGAUCGGCGACACACUGGCGUACUGUAAUGGGAAAGAUUGGAGCGCUCCACUACCUAGAUGUGCCGCACCCCACGAGCUAACAGAAUGUGAUUUUGAGGAUGAUCUUUGUGGUUGGAAACAAGAUGACGACGAAGAACAGGACUGGAUUCUGAAUGUUGGAGCAACCCAAACCGGAAAUACUGGUCCUAAACAUGACCAUACUUUAGGAGACACCGGAAAUGGGCAUUACCUGUACUUUGAGACGUCGAAUCCUACGAUGACAGGUCAUCAAGCUAAUUUACUUUCACCCAUGUAUACAGAAGAUCUCAGCCCAAUGUGUUUCGAUUUCUGGUACCAUAUUCUGGGCCCGGAUGAGAAAGGACAUGUUGGCUCCCUAGAAGUGUUUGUUUUAGACCAGUCCCAAUAUAUAGACGACGACGAUGUAAAGCCGUUAUUCUAUAUAGAUGGAAAUCAGGGCGACCAAUGGCAUCGAGGCAAUAUUUUUAUAGAAAAGCAGGACGAACCUUUCCAGAUUUCAAUUGUUGCAACUCGAGCCCGCAGCUACAUAAGCGAUAUUGCCAUAGACGAUGUUCGUCUCCACAACUGCACCAAGAAUACAACUUCUCCUCCAGUUACGAGCAGCUCAUCCUCUUCAACCACUACUACAUCAUCUUCUUCUUCAACAUCAGGUACAACAACAAAAACAACAGUAACAACAAAGAUAACAGAAAUAUCUUCACCAAAGACUGCUGUAAUUGAAACGACAACAACAACAACAACAACAACUCCAACUGAAACGACAAUAAAGAAAGAAACAUCAACAACAAAAUCUCCGGAAACAACGAUCAUAAAUACAAGCAAAUCAGAAACCAAUAAGCCGGUUAUAACUUCCACUGAAUCAACAACUGUUGUGAAGACGUCAUCGCUACCACACACGCCACAAACCGCUACAUCAUCGCCAAAAGUAACUAUGGAACGCCAAACAAGUCAAAGCACACCAAAUCCAUCUUUCACAGAAACUACGAUGAGACAGACAAGAACAAUUCAACCGGAAAUGAAAACGACGCCAACUAGACAAGCGACUACUCAAUCAACGAAGAAAGUUAAAACACCUGGUCCGGACACCACAGAUAAUGCAGGGAUACCGACGAUUGUAUCCUCAUCUACGACAAGUUCUUCAAUCGCUAGCACAAGCUCUUCAACAAAGUCUCCGAUUACCUCAACAACCGUCACGUCUUCGACCACGUCAGAAAAAUCUUCCACGCCACAACCUACACAAGAGCCAAAGACAACUACAAGAAGUUCUUUAAAGACAUCAAGUACAUCUCCUACAGAUUCUAAGCAAACUAGCACAACAACUGUUUUCUCUGCUAAAACAAGUGCACCAGGAAAAUCCUCUUCAACGUCAAAGUCUACCGCUUCAACAACGACGUCAUCUUCAUUCUCAUCUUCUAGUUCAUCAUCAUCUUCUUCGUUUUCAAGUAACAGUAGCAGCAGCACAUCUAGAUUUAGCUCAAGCUCUACUUCUAACCUCUCUUCAACUUCAAGUUCAUCUUUCACAAAAACGACCGAUGAGAAGACAGGAGAAACGAAGAGACCAUACACUAACAUACACAAUACAACCACCACAAAAGGAGUGACAAUAAUAAAAGCCGAAGUCACCAAUACAGAUACCGGCGGCAAGACGAGUAAAUCUGCUAAAUCAACAAAACGAACAAAUGAGAUAACAACCAAAUCACCAGACAAACCUAAAGGGGAUAAAGACAACUCUAUCACAGCGUCUGAAGGUAGAUCACAACACCCAGAAGACGAUACACUUAAACCUUUAAUGAUUGGACUUGGUGUUGGAAUUGUUUCUGGCUUGAUUAUAAUUGGGGUGAUAGCCUAUGUUUGUGUUCGUCGUCGAAAGUUUUAUACAAGCCGGCACGAAGAUGAACUGAAGCCUAAAACAAAUUCUGCGUCUCUUCAAAGCCUGAAUAAUACAAGCCGGCACGAAGAUGAACUGAAGCCUGAAACAAAUCCUGCGUCUCUUCAAAGCCGCAAUAAUACAAGCCGGCACGAAGAUGAACUGAAGCCUAAAACAAAUUCUGCGUCUCUUCAAAGCCUGAACAAUACAAGCCGGCACGAAGAUGAACUGAAGCCUAAAACAAAUUCUGCGUCUAUUCAAAGCCUGAACAAUACAAGCCGGCUCGAAGAUGAACUGAAGCCUAAAACAAAUUCUGCGUCUCUUCAAAGUCUGAACAAUACAAGCAGGCACGAAGAUGAACUGAAGCCUAAAACAAAUUCUGCGUCUCUUCAAAGUCUGAACAAUACAAGCCGGCACGAAGAUGAGCUGAAGCCUAAAACAAAUUCUGCGUCUCUUCAAAGCUUGAACAAUACAAGCCGGCACGAAGAUGAACUGAAGCCUAAAACAAAUUCUGCGUCUCUUCAAAGCCUGAACAAUGGACAUUUCUGUCAAGACGAAGCACACGAAUCCGAGUCGUGAAUCGUGAUGCCAUAAUGUAUUUGCUGUAGUAACUGCGAGUAGAGUUAUAUGAGUGUGGGGUAACUGCGAGUCGAGAUUAUUUUAGUAUGGUAACAGUCAGUCAUGAAUUCCCUAGUGUGGUAAAUGUUUGACGUAUAUUAGUUUUGUAAAUGAGGUGUGGUAACUGUCAGUUGUUGUAAAACUUAUACGUAUUUGUGAGUCGCUACAAAAGUGUCGUGGUAACUGUGAGUCGUGUUUGGAUGUGUGUGUGUGUGGUAACUGUGAUACAUGAUAAAAAGUUAUUUAAAAUUCAUUUCUAAAAACAACGCGACAAUAAAACUGUUAUGCUGAUUGAAAUCUAUAAUUUAACGUAUAUAUACUAUUAUGCAAUUGUAGGCAUGCAGGAUUUUAUUGAACUUUUGAUGAAGGACUGAAGUAUUCUAUUAUUGUCAUGGAAUACCAGUAGUGAUAUUUGUCUGUUCUGAUGUCAAAUAUUCUCAUGAUCUCUUUAUCUUACAGAAUUAGCUGGUUAAAUUUCUGUGUCUGAUUAGUAAUGAAUGUAAAUUUUAAGGUUAUAAUGUUAUAUUUUUGCAAAUUCAACAAAGAAAAUUCCCAUAGCUAGGCAAAGAGUAAAUUUUUGUCUAAUUAAAAUGAUAUAACGUUUAAGGACGUGUGUGCGAUUUUUCAUGCCUUUUUCGUAGAUAUAAUUAAAUCUCAGCAACGCUUUUCAUAUCAUACGGCGUCAGUUCUUUAAUGUUUGAAAUAGGGCGGCCACUAUCUUUGAUGCCCCUCAAUGUAGUAUGUAAAGUACGAGCGGGGGUGUGGGGGUGGUGGCGUUUGGUUAAACAAUCAUAUCGGUAGGUAUCAAAGAGGACUUUUUGCCUAGCCUCUUUUGCUAGAUUUAAGGGCGAUGCGGAAGGGGAAUAAAUGGGAAAAUGUACUGUACUAUAAUGUAAUGUACUGCUUUUCACUUUACUAUUUCUUCUUUAGACUGCUUUGAAGCGGAUAAGAUCAUUAAUGUCUUUUUAAAAUAAAAGCCAUAAUUUUAUAUACAUUUUUGUAGAUAUUUUAUUUGUUAAUAUUUUGUCAUUAUUGAUAUUUCUAGUUAUAAUAUAUAACGGAGGAGUGUGGGUUGAUACUAUACUUAUUUUGUGCCAAAUAUAAUGUGACAAUUUUAAUAAUUUUGUACAUGUAUUAAAAAAUAAAAAAUGCCACAUAACAACAAUUUUACACCAAACUUAGGUGUAAAUGCACGUGUUAACAUGGAAAAACCAGUUUUUGGUAAUUCCAAAGUUUGUCAUCAUUUUUUUGCUAAUCUUUUAACUCAUAUAUACGUGUGUUUGACGGUUUUUUGUCCCCCCCCCCCUUUGAGGCCUCAAACAGUGAAAAGUGACCCCAAACACUGUUUUUCGUUUGAGAAAUGUUGUUUAAAAACGUGACCACUUUUUCGGCGCCACCUCUCAUCAAAAUGAUACAUUAGGGGUUGCCAGAAGGGGGCAUAUUGGGGGGGGGGGUGGGGAAGGGGGGGACUACCCCCCUCAUCGCCAAAAGAGUUUUUGGACAUGUGACAGGCUAAAAUGGCAUCAGGUCGCUGAAAAGCCUUUUACUCCAUCUCAAUUCAUUGAGAAUUUGCAGCACUUUAAAAUCAGUUUUUUUU